CAGCAGUUGUGAUGAGGCUGACGCAAAACCCUUCUGAUUAGGAGCCUAAAGAGUAUGACGGCAAUGUUGCUAGCUGAAGUUGGAUGUGUGUUUAUGGGUUUUAUCCUGUACGUCUCAGGGGUUCAGGGACGAGCAAACGGCAUCUGUGCCUUGAAGGGUUCAUCAGUGGAUCUGCCCUGCUCGGCUGAAAAGCCCACUUCAAGCAUGAAAUGGUACACUGAACACCGGGAAGGAUCUAAAUGUGUUCAGAGGGAGCUCUCUGUAGAUGGAAAUCGUGUAACGUACAACAUGUCUGAAGAAAAUCACCCGACUCUAACAAUCAAUGAUCUGAGAGAGAGUGAUGCAAACUUUUACUGCUGCAGAACGAGUCCUGAUGAACCACACCCAUGUUGCCACGCUGAAAUUGAGCUCAGUGUUGCAGACCUGCAGGUGAAGGUGAUUCCCACCACAGAGGGACAGACAGUAACACUGAUGUGUAGCACCAGCUGCCCUCUGACUGAAAACCCUGCAGCCUACAUCUGGUACAAGAACAGAAAGUUUCUCUAUCAGGACUGGUCUCCCUGGUACCAACAUCUGGUCAGCAGUGAGGAAGCAGUCAGGUACUCCUGUGCUAUCAAAGGCUACAAGGAUCUCAGAGCCCCUGAAGUCUCUGUGGAUUCUGUCACGUCGACUUGCUUUACCGUGACCUACGCUAAAGGGAGAAUGUGUCUGUAUAAGCAGAAAUCAGUGGAUGAGCCCUGCUCCAUCACAUAUCCCAGAGAAGUACAAGUUAAAAAGUCUCCUGCACAGAGCUCUCUAACCUGUCACACAAGCUGUCCUCUGACUGACUCCCGAACUGCCUAUAGGUGGUACAAAGGGGGAUGUUUAAUCACAUACACUGAGAAUCAAAGGAUAUCCUACUAUUCCGCUAAAAGCAUCUCCUGUGCUGUAAAAGGCCUUGAGGAUCUGCUGUCUGCUGAAGUCUGCCCUCACGAUAAGAACUGCUGGAGUGUGAAUUAUGUCAGCAGGAGAAUCUGUGCUCUGCAAGGCUCUUCAGUGGACAUUUCAAGUCAAUAUUCUCAUCCCAACCAGCAGCUGCCAAAGUUUAAAUUUUGGUAUAAAUUAAAGAGAAGUGGAAAGGUUGAGGAGCUGACUAAGGUUGCAGGUCUUGUGGAGUAUCAUGACAACAGGAAGAAUCAGCACAUCCUGAGAAUCAAUAACCUGAAAAAGAAUGACUCGGCAGAAUACGCAUUCAGACCCAGCCAACAAAACGUCGGAUGGAAACAGUGUGACCUUCCUGGAGUGACUCUUGUCGUCACAGGUCUGAAAGUGAAGUGUGCCCCUGCUGCAGUGGUGACAGAGGGUCAGAGAGUCACACUGACCUGCAGCACCAGUUGCCCUCUGACUGACAACACAAACUACAUGUGGUACCUGAACAGUCGACCUCUGACCCUACCAGAGAACCAGAACAAACAGCUGGUUCUAGACCCAGUCAGCAGUCAGAAUGCAGGAAGCUACUCCUGUGCUGUCAAUGCCGGCACAAGAAACAUCAUCUCCAGAGAAAAAACUCUGGCUGUCCAAAAUAUCACAAUGAAACAAACAUUAGCAGCAGCAGCAGCAGGAGCCGCUGCUGUUCUCCUGGUUAUCAUACUUCUCACUGUCUUCUUAUGGAUUAGACAUUCAUUCAUUUCACUACCCAGAAGAAAGAGGACUUCAGGUCGAUCUCCUAAAACUGAAGCAACAGGCAACACUGAGCAGCUAAACCCUGCUCCUCCGGAUGAAAGUAUUUCAGCUGUACCAGCAGAGGAGGAGCUCCACUAUAGCAGAGUCUACUUCUCUAAGACCCAGACUGAUCCUGCUUAUUCUACCGUCAAGCCACAUCAGUCCAGAGAGCCGGAGCAUGUCGCUUAUGCUGUUGUUAACUUUAAGUCCAACACGACCCUUGAGUGAGCAUCUUUCACAUUCCAAGUGAUUGGUUGUAAUGACCAUGAGUCGACCAAAAGUGCUAAGCCUGCCAAGCAAAAGCAAAACACCUCAAUCAGAAGAGCAGGCCCAGUGUUUUUCUACAGAAGCAGCAAUGCCUCUUAUGAGCUUUGUGCUUAAAAACAAAAACACAGGUUACAGGUAGCUGCUAGGUAGCUAACUGGAUCAAUGGCUUUAAAAGAGCUAAAUGCCUUCUUUGUUGCCAAGCAACUAAGGCAGUUCACGGUUGACUUGUCUUGUGUCAUGCUAGCAACACGGAUGUAUUCAUGGCUAACAACCGCGUAACGAUGUUGCACUAAUGCUAGCUAAUGAUAACUCUAGCUACUUCGCUAUCUAGAAUUAAAGAAUUUGCGUUGCUAUCUUAUGUUUAUACUUAGCUACUUGAAUAAAAGGCAUAGUGGUACAGCAAGCAACAAGUCAUGGAUAUGAAUUUAGUCCAUAUUCAUAUAUUUUAUUACCAUACUAGUAUACACUUCAGUGAUUAUUUCAAAUACAAAAUACAUAGGAAAUAAUUUGCAACUUCUAGUUUAUGUUGUGCAAGUAGCAGUGUGUUUUCUGUUUCUUAGUCCUUCAAGUCACCUGAAAAUUCAAGUCUAGUUUCAAGUCCAGUUGUAACAGUGCAUGUUAAAAACAUGUAUGUGCUCAAUACACUUGAACAGUAGACAGAGAGGUGAGUGCAAGCAACUUAUCAGUGGAUGUAAAGUCAACAUUGUGUUGAAAGCCAGUACAAAUAAUUUACACAAUAAAGGCAUGAAAAUGUGUUGUGCAGAAAACAAAGGUACAA